AUGGCUGCCCCCGUCCUGCCUCUUCAGCAGGUCAAGCUGCCGCAGCUGCCGUCGACGAAAUUGACGCCCGAACAGCUGUACUGGAGGACGUUCAAGACUCCAUUGCUGAUCCCCUCGCCGUCGAAUAAUCCGAUCAAUUACAUCACACAGCCUUCUGCGCCUUCUUCCGCAACAGCCUUUCCUUCCUUGACACAGCCGCCGGAUAUUUUCACCGUCACGACUGGCGCUCGAGUCCAGAUCUACUCGAUCCGCACACGAAAACUCCUCAAGACAAUCACUCGUUUCGAUGACAUUGCCCGUGGAACGGACGUGCGACCGGACGGUCGUGUUAUCGCGAUCGGUGACGAUACGGGUACCAUUCAGGUUUUCGACGUUGGCUCGCGCGCUAUCUUGAAGACAUGGAAAGAUCACAAGCAGCCCGUAUGGGUGACGAAAUUCUCACCAAGUGACCCGACUUCCGUCCUCAGUGCCAGUGACGACCGUACAGUGCGGCUGUGGGAUUUGCCCAGCGAGAACAGCCAGCGGACGUUUGUCGGACACACGGAUUACGUGCGAAGCGGUGCGUUCCUGCCCGGCUCAAUGGCGGGCUCUGGAAUGAUUGUCUCUGGAAGUUAUGAUUCGACGGUUCGACUGUGGGAUUCGAGGGUUGAGGGCCGUGCAGCCAUGACGUUCAAGAUGCCCGCGCCUAUCGAGCAGGUCCUCCCAAUGCCUUCUGGAACGACGGUUCUGGCCUCGGCCGAUAACCAGAUUGCUGUGUUGGAUAUUGUUGCGGGUAGACCGCUACAUAUCAUCAAGAGCCACCAGAAGACAGUCACGGCGCUGUCGUUGGCGUCGCAUGGUGAUAGGCUGAUCAGUGGUGCCCUGGACGGACAUAUGAAGGUGUUCGAGACGACGGGAUGGAACGUCGUCUCUGGCUCAAAGUACCCAUCUCCUAUCUUGUCUCUGCGUGUGAUCACUUCUGGUGUGGCCCAAGAGGACAAGCACCUCGCAGUUGGUAUGCAGUCUGGACUGCUGUCUAUCAAGACUAGACUGUCGGGGCAGCAGAAAGUCCGUGAGCGCGAAAGGCAGAAGGAAAUGCAGGCUCUGUUGGAGGGUAAGCUGGAAGAGCAUGACAGAAAGAAGGCCAAACAAGAGCGACUCCGCGGAAAGGGCUGGGAAAAGCGUCUACGAGGGCGCGAUUUCAUCGGAGAGGGAGUCGAUAUCGUCAUUGAAGGACAGGACCGAAAAAAGCGCAAGAAGGAACAACCCUGGGAGCAUGAUCUUCGCAAAGCCAGAUAUUCCGCUGCCCUGGACCAAGUCCUGGCUCUGAGUGAUAAGACUGCUCAGUUGACCCUGUUUACCGCUCUGCGCCAUCGCUCUGCUCUUCGCACUGCACUCCAGGGCCGUGACGAGGUGACGCUGGAGCCGGUUCUGAAGUGGGUCUACAAGCACAUCUCGGAGCCCAGACUAGUCGAGCUCUGCGUGGAAGUGGCCAUGAACGUGCUGGAUAUCUACUCUGGCAACCUGGGCCAGUCCGUCCAGAUCGACAAGCUCGUCGAGCGACUACAUCGACGGGUGAGAGAUGAGGUCGAAAGAGCGCAGCAGGCGUGGCAGACGAAGGUCCCAUCCCUCCCCGCCCUCAAUCACAUGAAAGGUAUACGCAUACCGGCUCUUGGAACUCGUAUUCUUCUCACUCUUAUGCAGCACAUUCCCAUGAAUCAACACCAACGUGCCAGCUUUAACAUCCAGUAUCUCAAAGUCCUCAUCCGUCUCCUUCCCCGUCUCCUCUUCCUCCAUUCCCCUCGGCAGUCCCGGUCCAUCGUUAUCAAUAAACUCCGUCCCACCGACCUCAGGCGGAGCGCGCACGAAACGCCUUCGAAUCCGCCCUCCUUUCCGUCCCUUAUGCGACCCUUUCCACAUACCCAACGUCGCAUUUCCAGGACCCGCAUCCUGCAUGGCAAUCCACCACCCAACAGCCGACGGAGGGUUCGUGUACAGAAACUCCGAGUCUCGAUGCGGUGGUACCGCGCCCCCGAUCCCCGGCUGUUUGCAAAUCACCAUACUCUGCAGACAGCGAGGGUCGCGGAAUCCCAACGACUUGGCGAUGGCCGCGUUGCGAUCCGAGAGCGUUACGUUCCUGAAUGGCUCCGAGAGCGUGUGGAGCGAGUGUCCGAUCUUGUUGAUGGCGAGGUGUUUCGGUUUUAG